UAACAUCCUCCCUCCUUCCUUCCUUCCAUGCUAGCUGAUUGACUCAGUUAGCAAGCGGACCCGGAGCUUUAAAUUCUGUUGUGCAGUUAAUUAUAAUACGCUUCUUUGAAAUAGUGUACAUUAAAAACGUUUUUUUCUAAAGCCUUUAUUUAAAUACAAACAACAAAAUGAACAUACGAAACGCCCGGCCGGAGGACCUGAUGAACAUGCAGCACUGUAACCUGCUGUGUCUCCCAGAAAACUACCAGAUGAAAUACUACUUCUAUCACGGAUUGUCCUGGCCUCAGCUUUCGUACAUCGCAGAGGAUGAAAAUGGUAAAAUUGUUGGAUAUGUUCUGGCAAAGAUGGAGGAGGACCCAGAUGAUGUGCCUCAUGGACAUAUUACAUCACUGGCGGUGAAGCGAUCCCACAGACGUCUCGGUCUGGCCCAGAAGUUGAUGGACCAGGCCAGCCGGGCCAUGAUAGAAAACUUCAAUGCUAAAUAUGUGUCUCUUCACGUUCGCAAAAGCAACCGAGCGGCUCUACACCUGUACUCUAACACCCUCAAGUUCCAGAUUAGUGAAGUUGAACCAAAGUAUUACGCGGAUGGAGAAGACGCCUACGCCAUGAAGAGGGACCUGGCCCACAUGGCCGAUGAGCUGAGGAAGCCUGGCUUUCGUGUGUCGAGUCAAGAAGCAACGUCUGGCCAGAGCCCUUCAGGCUCCGGCGACCAGGAGAGAGAAAGCGAGAGGGACAGCGGAGGAGAAAGCAAAGAGUUGAGUGAAGUCAGCGAGGCAACAGAAAGCACAGACGUUAAAGAUUCUUCCUCUGACUCACAAUGACGCCACGGUUCCUGACGUUUUUUUAAAGCAGCCAUUUUUAUUUCAGGUUGCAGCUAUUUCGGACUUUGCCGGUUGUGUGAUUAUCAAAGCUGCAUCUCUGUUUUUUUUCUUAGUUUUUUUUUUUUUUCUGCUGUGAUGAACGGAGUGAGCCAAUGUGCUAUCUCAAUUAAACACAACUUACUGGUCUAAAGUUUUUUUUUUUUUUUUUACUGGAUUAAUAAUUUCAUACCAAAAGCCCUAUAAUAUCCAUGCAGUGUAGUUUAGUCUCUUUAGUUUGAAAAGAAAAAAAACUAUAAAUGUGACGUUUAACUACUUCUUUUAGUGUUUCACAUGUGCCCAGGUAUUGAAGAAAGAGAAAGGGCUUUAUCUUAAAAUACAAACAUUUUAACAUCCCACCAGAAAAAAAAUUUAAUUGGUGCAACGCUCCUUUUUAAUCAGAUCAUUGGUCCGAAUAAAUUCUGCUGUAUAAAGCAAA